GAAGCAGAGACACAGAGAAGCACGAUGGAAGAGUUCAAAUGGGUCAAAAUGUCUUUAUUUCUGAUACCGCUGCUUCACUUUACAGCAGCAAACAGACAGUUUCUGCUCUCCUCCACUGUCAGAGAUGGAGAUGAAGUCACUUUGUCCUGUGAAAAUGUGAGAGAUGAUCAGAAUAACUGUGACGGUACAACAUGGACUUUCAGUUAUUUAAGUAACAGAACAGUAGAGCUGGUUAGACUUGGUCAGAUUGGUGUAGACGCCAAAACUAAAUCAGACAGACUGAGUGUUAGAGAGAACUGUUCUCUGGUUAUAAAGAAUGUCACAGAGGAGGAUGUUGGUCGUUACUACUGUCAGCAGUACAACAAAGCAGAACAACAUCAAGGUCAAGACUCUCAGGUUUAUCUCUCUGUUGUUACCAUGACUGAAGAGAAGAACGAUGAUAUAGUGACGUUAAACUGCUCUGUGUCGACAUAUGAACGAUGUAAACACACAGUGAAGUGGCCGUAUGAGGGUAAAGACGUGGCUAAAGAUCACCCAAACAUUGAGACAUUACAGAGGGGCUGCUACACCACUGUGAAAUGGCAGGAUCCUGUGGAUUCUGUGGAUCCUGGUUUAAUUCACAAACCAAGGUCUAACUUAUUGAAGUGUGAAGUGACAGAUGGUUACACUGAAGAAGUGCAGCUGUUUCCCUUCAUCCCUCCUCAUUCCUCAAGAGAGAAACCAGGUAAAGCAAUAACCGCAACUUCUGAGACAACAAGAACUUCUGAUAAAAGCCCAGAAUCAGUACCAACCACCACAGCAAUCAGUGAUCCUUCAACCAAACUACAAGCUGCUGAUGCAACAACGAGGACUACAAUAUCACCAACAUCAGAGACAAUGAGCACAUCAGAAGAUUGGUGGAGGUGGUGGUGGCUGAUCGUUGUGUCUGUGGCUGUUGCAGCUCUCAUAAUCAUCACUGUGGCUGUCCUCAGAUGGAGGAGAGCUAAAGGGAACAAAACACAGACGGAGGUUGAAAACAUGGCUGAUCCUGAAGAUGGUGUUUCCUACGCCUCCAUCAGCUACACCAAGAAGACCAACAGGAGAGCCCAGGCUCGGGGUGGAGAUGAUGAUGAAGAUGAUGCAGUGACCUACAGCACCGUGAAAGCUCCCUCUUCCUCUGCUGCAGCCUCUGCUGAUCUCAGCAACCUCUACGCCACCGUCAACAAACCCAACAAAUAAGACAGCACAGUGUAGUUACAGCUCGUAUCAUUACAGAUAUUUUUGGUUACUUGAUAUGGAAGAAAAAUAUGAUAAACAAAUGAUUAGUGGUCAAGAGAUGUGUGCACAUUUCGCUAUAACUAUGACCGAGGCAUUUCUCAAUAAGAGCAAUG